GUUUCUUUAUCUCAGUCAUAUGUUUUGUUUGGAAUUGUUUUUUAAUUAAAUUGUUUUCGUUUCGAUUUGAGUUUUGUUUUAGAAUAGAAAAUGGUUCUUUUAUUCUGUCAUUUUUGUGGUAUUCGAUUGACUCUGGAAGAAGGACCUAAAUGUUAUCGGUUCUAUUGUAAAACUUGUCCCUAUGUUUACAAUGUUAACCAGCGAGUAAUUAACAGGAAAUAUCCUCGUCUGAAAGAGGUUGAUGAGAUAUUAGCUGAUUCCAAAAUUUGGGACAGUGUUGAUAAAACGCAAGUUAAAUGUCCGAAGUGUGAAUUUGGUGAAGCCUAUUUCAUGCAGAUGCAAACACGUUCAGCCGAUGAACCAAUGACCAAUUUUUAUCGUUGUGCCAACAAGGAAUGUGGUUACCGAUGGAAAGAAUAAAUUAAUUAACAAAUUGUCUCAUUUGUUGGUUUUUUUGCUCGUAAAUAAUUGGACGAAAUUUUAUUUACUAAUUGUUAACAGUUUCAAUUUUUGCUUAUAUAAAGGUGAUAGACGAGA